AUGUUGGUUUUUUUCAUCGCAGGUUUAGCUUUGCUUUCUUCUUCUUUUUCUUCUUCUAAUAUUGCUACAACAGUUGAAUAUGACUCAAAUGCUAUAAUCAUCAAUGGGGAGAGGAAGAUAAUCUUUUCCGGUGCAAUCCACUAUCCGCGAAGCACCCCUGAAAUGUGGCCGGAUUUGAUCAACAAGGCGAAGGAAGGUGGCCUCGACGCCAUUGAAUCAUACGUCUUUUGGGAUCUACACGAGCCUCGUCCUCGCCAGUAUGAUUUCUCCGGAAACCUAGACUUCAUAAAAUUUUUCCAGUUAAUUCAAGAAGCCGGACUUUAUGCCAUCCUUCGCAUUGGUCCUUAUAUUUGCGCCGAAUGGAAUUACGGAGGUUUUCCAGUGUGGCUUCACAACAAACCAGGAAUUGAACUCAGGACAAACAAUGAAAUCUACAAGAAUGAAAUGGAAAUUUUCACCACUAAGAUUGUGGACAUGUGCAAGGAAGCCGAGCUCUUUGCACCACAAGGAGGACCCAUAAUUAUUGCACAGAUUGAGAAUGAGUAUGGAAAUGUGAUGAAAGGCUAUGGAGAAGCCGGAAAGGAGUACGUAAAGUGGUGUGCAGAAAUGGCUGUUGCCCAAGAUAUUGGUGUCCCAUGGAUUAUGUGCCAGCAAAAUGAUGCUCCACACCCAAUAAUUAACACAUGCAAUGGCUUCUACUGUCACCACUUCACACCCCACAAUCCAAAAGGCCCAAAAAUGUUCACUGAAAACUGGACUGGAUGGUUCAAGAGAUGGGGAGGCAGAGACCCUUACAGAACUGCUCAAGACUUGGCAUAUUCAGUUGCUCUCCUUUUCCAAACUGGUGGUGUCCUCAAUAACUAUUAUAUGUAUCAUGGAGGAACAAACUUCGGACGCUCAUCAGGAGGUCCAUUUUAUGUAACAUCAUAUGAUUACGAUGCACCUCUAGAUGAAUAUGGUAACUUGAAUCAACCAAAAUGGGGGCACUUGGAGCAGCUUCAUGCAGCUAUUAAAAUAGGGGAAAAAUUGCUUACCAACAGCAAGCCAAAAACCAAGGAAUUUGGUGCUGGUGUUCAUCUGACUAUGUACGCGGAUGAUGUUACCGGGGAGAGAUUUUGUUUCUUGAGCAAUUCGAACGAGAAAGUAGACGCUAAUGUAGACGUGCACAACGAUGGCAAAUUCUCUGUGCCUGCUUGGUCUGUCAGUGUCCUUCAGAAUUGCAACACAGAAAUCUACAACACUGCAAAGGUUACAACCCCAACCGAACAUUACAGUGGAUAUAGUGAAGAUUCUCCAAAGCUGAAGUGGACUUGGACACCAGAACCCAUGGAAGACACCCUCCAAGGAAAGGGUACAUUUACAGCACCAGAGCUUCUUGACCAAAAGAAAGCAACAUCUGACAAAAGUGACUACUUGUGGUACAUGACUAGUGUCAAUAUCAAUGAGGAUUCUUUGAAAGAGGCGACUCUCCAUGUCAGCACAAGAGGUCAAGUUCUCCAUGCCUAUGUCAACCAGAAGCUAAUAGGUUCCCAAUUUUACAAGAAAGCUGAUAAUGUUCAUUCAGUAGAGGGCAAUGACUAUGGCUUUGUGUUUGAAAGGCUUAUUUCUCUGAAACUAGGGGAAAACACCAUAGCUCUACUUAGUGCCACUGUUGGAUUGGCGGUACGUUUCUAGCAAAAAAUGGUUCAUAAAUUCUGAUGUAUAUGUUGGCUUUAAUCUUACUGGCUUCUUGUGUACAGAGUGAUGGAGAAUAUUUUGAUAAGAAACCUACAGGAAUUGUAGAAGGCCUGGUUAUAUUAGUCGUAAACAACGUAAAGGGUAAUACAAUAAUCGACUUGACGUCUAACGUUUGGUCCUACAAGGUAUCGCGUCAGGGGAUCAAUUUCCAGAUUUUGAUUCCAAAAUGUGAUGCAUUAUGUGUGUAUAUACAUAUAUAUCACUCCUUUUGUAUUUAGGUAGGGUUGCAUGGCGAGGCUAAGCAUUUCUAUGAUCCCAAAUCCCCUCAAAGUAACCAAUGGAGAAGCUCAGAGUCGCUUCCUACAAGCAGACCCAUGACAUGGUAUAAGGUAUGUUAUCUGGACUCAUUUCUCAGAACCUUUCUGUCUGAGUUGGCUAGAAGACUAAACUAGUUUGCAAUACUAUUGUGUCUAGGCAUCCUUCGAGGCUCCUAUUGGGACAUUACCUGUUGUAAUGGACUUACAAGGCAUGGGAAAGGGACAUGCCUGGGUGAACGGGAAGAGCAUUGGCCGGUACUGGCCUACGCAGAUUGCUGAAACCAAUGGCUGCAGCGACACAUGCGACUAUCGCGGACCUUACAAUGAUCAGAAAUGUAUGAAAAACUGCGGCAAUCCUUCGCAAAGAUGGUAAUGAAAUUAUAUGGUUUAUUUAGUGAAACACAUUGAAAAUCAUUGCAAGACAGUUGGUCCCAUAAGAGAGAAAUGUUGUUUCAGGUACCAUGUCCCAAGGUCUUUCCUUAACAACAAUGGUGAAAACACAUUGAUUUUGUUUGAAGAAUUUGGAGGAGACCCUUCGAGUGUGACUACAGGGACUGUGAAACUUACUUGA